GCAGGUGGGACGGUCCGCAGGCCCGGGGCGGACGGGGCGCGCAAGGCCGCCGAGACGGCCGGCCAUGUGGGGCGCGGACGGUCCAGGGAGCCGCGCUGGAACCGGAAACUUCCUCCUCCGCUUCGGGGACAUAAAACUUUAGGUUGUGACGUUGGGGGAGAGGCGACACGUCGGAAACGGGGACUUGAAGGAGAAGUCCGUGGGUAGAGGCAGCGCAAGAUGGUUGACUGGAGGGAGGCAGGGAGGGAGGCCGAGGGGCCGGGUGACCUUCCUGCCUGCGCCCCGGGUGCCGGGCGGGCGGGCGGGCGGGCGGAGGGGGGCCCGCGGGCGGGCGCUGUGAGCGGCUCCGUGCCCCGGCUCCUCAUCCCGUGAUGUUGUGGCUGGGGGGAAACCCCCAGAACUCACUCUUGCGAGAGCCCGUAGGUGACCCUUCAUGUUUACUUGGAAGACUGUUUUUAACCAGCGUGUGCGUGUUAGGCGGGUGUAACCAAAUACGGUUCCUCGUGUUUUAAGAUGGGGAAAAGGCCCAGCGCUUUAUUUACCUUUGCUUCCCUUUCCUGGCUGCGCAUCGUAACGGUGGAAAAUAAGCGGAGAGCCAGAUAAUAACGAGUUGAGAAACGUCCUUCAGUGACAGCCUUUUCCGGGCUCCACGUGCUGAGGGCUGCCGGGGCCCCUCUCCCCACAUACAGCCGGGUUUCUGGAAGCGCCUGCCUCUGGCGUCGGUAUAGACUGAACCCCAGUUACAAGGUCCUGGCGUAGUUUCGUCUGCACCUCCAAUUUUGUCAACAUCUGCUAAGUUAUGAUGACGUCCUUAUCGAAAGCGUUACGUUGGAAGUCUGCGUUGCCAUUCUGAUUAGUUGUUACAAAAUGGUUCUUUGCAUCAGAAGGAUACAGUUCAUGACAAUGACUUUGAGCCCUACCUUUCUGGACAGUCAAAUCAGGAUGUUUAGCAUCCUCUCUGGCCUUCAUCCACGAGGUGCCAUUAGUAACUGGCCCCCGCCCCUGCCUGCCCGCCGCAGUGUGACAACCAAAAAUGUCCCGGCAGAUGUCUCCUGGGGCUAAACUGCCUUGGUCAAAACCACUGAGCUGGCUGGAGUUUAGGUUUACAUGAGCGUUCACGUUACUUGGGAGAGUUUCUGUAAAAUGGAACGGAUGACUCUGAGGUCAGUGACGUGGUCACACAUCUGUUGCUGCGACAUGGAAGGACCCGUGCAGCGAAGCUGUCAGCAGCCUGGAAGCAGCCCCUUUGCCCUGCAUGUUAGUGAAAGGUAAGGAAACACCGAAAUGACCCAGAGAAGUCCCUCUGAAGCUGGCUGACGACCAGGCCGCAUGCGUGCCGUGGCAGUGUGGGCAGCGAGGAGUUGACCAGGGCACCUGCGUCCACACUCAGUACUCGACUGUCACACUCAUGGGUUUGCUCAGUCACCUCUGGCAGGGACAGGAAGAACUAGAUGUCAACGCUGUUUUCCUCUAAUGGCUCAGUUGGCUCCCAAGUGUACCAGGAAACACCCCCUUUCUAAGAAAGUCCCGUAAACCCCUGUGUCGGGCUCCAGUCCGGUCACUGUGACGAGUUCCAGCCUGUGCUGAUGCUUUUCCUUAGAGCCACGUUGACCCCCACGCUGGGACGGGCUUCAGCUCCCCUGGGGGCAGCGCCCCUGGAAGUGCUGGACGUGGCCCAGGAGCUGAGGAUGCUACGCUCCCCAGCACCUGUGUGCCACAAGCAUUCCUCACAUGUCAUCUUCUGUGCUGUCUGGCCUCCAGUGUCACCCAGGGUUUCCAUCAUUCUGGGGUGGUUUUCUUCAACCAGCAGCACAAAGCCAGGCCAGACAGAUGCCUCGUCAGGGCGUGUGCUCCAAGGAGGACCUGGGAAGAGACCUGGCCCUGGGGGGCCCGGGCACUGGCUGCGAGGCCAGGGGAGCGCAUCUCUUGUCGUUGUGUGAAAGCUUUGGCUUCCCUAAAACAGUGGGGCCUCACAGUAGACUUCCGCCCGGAGAUUCAGCUGGCGGGACCCAGCGGCCUCUCAACACAUUUGUGAAGUUGCUCACAGCUGCGCUCCUCGAGGCAGGAAGCUAAUGCAGAAGUUGCGUGGGUGUCAGGAGCUGUGGUCUCUCGUGUGCCCUGCGGGUGAUCUGCCAGCACAGGAGCUGAAUCACAGCCCUGAGCACAGGAAAGCAGGCAGGGCUCCUCAGAAGAGCUCCUGGGCUCAGCCAGUGUCCCGGAGUAACAGUUACCCCUCCAUGGCUGACCCCUACCUGUCCAGCUAUUACCCACCGUCCAUCGGAUUCCCUUACUCCGUCAGUGAGGCGCCGUGGUCUACCGGAGGGGACCCCCCCAUCCCGUACCUCACCACCUAUGGACAGCUCAGUAACGGGGACCACCAUUUUAUGCACGAUGCUGUGUUCGGGCAGCCCGGGGGUCUGGGGAACAACAUCUAUCAGCACCGGUUUAAUUUCUUCCCUGAAAACCCUGCCUUCUCAGCCUGGGGGACAAGUGGGUCUCAGGGCCAGCAGGCCCAGAGUCCGGCUUACGGGAGCAGCUACACCUACCCGCCAAGCUCCCUGGGUGGCACAAUGGUGGACGGGCAGACGGGCUUCCACAGCGACACCCUCAGCAAAGCCCCUGGGAUGAACAGCCUGGAGCAGGGUAUGGUGGGCCUGAAGAUCGGCGAUGUCACCGCCUCUGCUGUCAAGACGGUGGGCUCAGUGGUCAGCAGCGUGGCCAUGACUGGCGUGCUUUCUGGUAACGGUGGGACAAAUGUGAACAUGUCGGUGUCGAAGCCAACUUCGUGGGCUGCCAUCGCCAGCAAGCCGGCAAAGCCACAGCCGAAAAUGAAAGCCAAGAGCGGACCUGUCCUCGGGGGCACGCUACCCCCUCCACCUAUAAAGCAUAACAUGGACAUUGGCACCUGGGAUAACAAGGGGCCCGUGCCCAAGGCCCCGGCCCCCCAGCAGGUGCCGGCCCCCCAGCCUGCCCCCCAGCCCCCGCCGGUCGUGCCAUCUCUGCCCACUCAGGCGCCCCCUUUGGCCCAGCCACAGUAUCAGAGCCCUCAGCAGCUGCCCCCCACCCGUUGGGUGGCCCCACGCAACAGGAGCGCAGCGUUCGGGCAGAGCGCAGGCACUGGGGGCGACAGUCCCUGUCCAGGUGGUGCCCAGCCUGGUGGCACUGCAGGCAUGGAAUGCCACCCCGUCCUGGAGAAGCUGAAGGCGGCACACAGCUACAACCCCAAGGAAUUUGACUGGGACCUGCGCAGCGGGCGCGUGUUCAUCAUCAAGAGCUAUUCGGAGGACGACGUGCACCGCUCCAUCAAGUACUCCAUCUGGUGCAGCACCGAGCAUGGCAACAAGCGCCUGGAUGGCGCCUUCCGCGCCCUGGGCAGCCGCGGGCCCGUCUACCUGCUGUUCAGUGUCAACGGCAGCGGCCACUUCUGCGGGGUGGCCGAGAUGAAGUCGCCCGUGGACUACGGCACGAGCGCAGGGGUCUGGUCUCAGGACAAGUGGAAGGGCAAGUUCGACGUGAAGUGGAUUUUUGUCAAGGACGUGCCCAACAACCAGCUGCGGCACAUCCGGCUGGAGAACAACGACAACAAGCCAGUCACCAACUCCCGCGACACACAGGAGGUGCCCUUGGAGAAAGCGAAGCAAGUGCUGAAGAUCAUCGCCUCCUACAAGCACACGACCUCCAUCUUCGACGACUUCUCCCACUAUGAGAAGCGCCAGGAGGAGGAGGACGUGGCUCGCAAGGAACGACAGAAUCGAAACAAACAAUGAGGAUCUGCCUUUUUCUUUCAUGAUCUAACUUUGACUGAGAAACGGAGCCUGAGGAGGCGUGUGCUUGGUGCUGUCCUCGUGUGCAGGCCCAGUGGUGGCAUCUCCGCAUUCUCUGUGGUCUCCUUUUGCCCAGAGGGGUCUGCGUUCCUUGGUAUUUUCCUCUGUAUUAUAGUAUUGUAGAACUCACUAAUAAAGGAGAAUGGAUUUUGUCAGCCUAUCAGUCAGAUUGGCCUAAUGCGCAAUUGAAGUAUCUAAAAACAAAAAACCCAAUACAUCCCAAAGAUUUCUUUGAUUUUGGCAGAGAUUAUGUUCUCAUUCUUACUUGCAAUCAUGUGACGUCUUCGUGAGAACGACGUCUCACCCCUUACUGCUUCACGGUGAACACAACAGGCCAUAAGUUGUUUUGUCAUGCAGUGUAUUCUCUUCAAGUACUUCUCUUGGAAAUGCCGAAAUCAGCAGGUGAAGGCUCACCUUGUUUGGCUGGUUUGCCAUUUUUAUUAUCCGCUAUCUGUCUGAAAUGCUAAUCUGCCCAUUUGGGUUUUUUGCCGACAGAAAGAUCAAUUUUAGUUUUUUGAAUGUGCUCAGCACUGUUUCCUCCCACAGCCCCGCACGCCUGGCAGCCUCUCUGUCUGGCGGGACGCUGGCAGGCCGUGGCGUGCGGGGUGGUGGGUCCAGUGGCCGGGUGCUCCGUGUGUGCACGUCGUUUUAGUCCCAUUCCCUUCACUGGAGAGCGCUGAUGCCAUUUUGUUUCUGUGCCGAUAAUCUGAGCUUUAACAAGUAGGGCCUGACAGCAGACAGUGUGACGGUUGGUGCUCCCCACUGUAAAUCUCACCGUGCAUCUAAAUCUAUUUUUCCUGUUGAAUGGGUGAAAAAAGCAAAAACAACCCUUUUAGAAACAACUUGCUGUCACGUUUUGUGGAAUGGGCAUCGUGGGGGGCCUCGCUGUCACCUGCAGCUUAGUGGAAGCGUGGGCAUGGCGCUCGAGCUGCUGCCCUGGCGCCCGGGCUGUGCGGAGGGCAGGUCCUCCUGGAACCAUUUCCUCCCGAAGCCCCUCUGAGGUCAAAGUGAAGCUGGAAGCUGUGUUAUUUAGACUUGUAUUUAGAGCGCGCCCCUCUGAGCUGUUGCUGCUUGCGGAGUCACAGACGACAUUGGGCCCCUUUUCCUCCAGGAGAACACAAGCCUUAAUAAAUGACACCUAUUGAGCAA